AUGAAGCUCAAGUACGGAGCAGCGAUCCUGAUAGGGCUGAGCCUGCUGGAGUUGCUGGCGCAGGGCGGGGCGUUUGUGGGUGAGGGCGCAGAGCGCGGGUGGGCGACCGACGGGCAAUCGGUGCGCGGAUACUCGGUGCGGACAUCAACGUUUGAUCUCGUGUGCUUGGCGGUAGUCCGGUGUGUGGGCACUGGCUUACUGCUUGCGGCGUCGUACCGUGCGGUCUUUGGCUCGCCACUGCUGGGCUUGUUCAACUUUGCCGCCCUUGUCUUUACAGUGGUCAAGGCUGUGGUCGUGCUCCGGGCUGACGAGGCGUCGUAUCCUGCAUCGGCCGAGCUCACCCACGCCAUGGUCAUUGCUGCCCUAGCUUUUGCGCUCACGCAAGUCCUCGCCUUUUUCGUGGUUCGCGCAGACACGCGCGAUGCGUAUCUGAGGCUGGCGGCGGAGAGGCGUGGCGGGUACCUUGGGAUUAACGAUGCUGCCGGCGACGUGGCCGGCGGCGGGAUCAAGGCUGGCGGCAGCAGCGUCAGUCUGGACAAGCUCCCGCCAAGCGCGACGCUGCCGCGGCUCAUUUCGCUCGCCGGACCGGAGAAGGGCAUUAUUGCGGUUGGCCUGGUGGCGCUACUGGUGGCGGCGGCGGCGGCGCUGGCCAUUCCGAUGUACUUUGGCAAGAUCAUCUCGGCCGUCUCAGACGACCGAACAGCGUCUGACACACAUGCCGGCGAGGAUAAGCUCGCCACAUCGGUCCUCCAGCUCAUUGUUGUUUUUGUUCUGGGCUCUCUUGGCUCUUUUGUCCGCGGCUGGAUGUUCACGCUUGCAGGGCAGCGCGUGGUGGCACGACUGCGAACGCGGCUGUACGCGUCGAUUGUGGCGCAAGAGAUCGGGUUCUUUGACGCCAAUCGGACGGGCGAGCUCAUCAACAGGCUCUCGUCAGACACGCAGGUCCUGCAGAACGCGGUCACCAUCAACAUCUCGAUGUUUGCCCGGACGCUAGUCACCAUUCUCGGUGGAGUGGCCAUCCUUUUCGUCGUCUCAUGGCGGCUGACGCUUGUCAUGCUCUCUGUCGUUCCGGUCAUCUCUAUCGCUACCGUCAUCUACGGGCGGAUGCUGCGCGGGUUGCGCAAGGGAUUUCAGGACGCGCUGGCGACAGCCGGCACCACGGCGGAAGAGUCGAUUGCACAGAUCCGGACGGUCCGCUCGUUCUCCAACGAGUCGCACGAAGUGGCACGCUACACUGGCGACAUUCAGGCUUCAUACGCCAUCGGUAAGAGAAUUGCGCUGACGUACGGGUCGUUCCUCGGCGGCGUCACCCUCGCCGCCGAACUCGGCAUUGUGCUCGUUCUGUGGUACGGCGGCCGGCUUGUGCUCCACGGCUCGAUGACUGCGGGCUCGCUCACGGCCUUUCUCCUCUACACCCUCACCGUGGGUAUCAAUCUCGCGGCGCUGGCCUCACUGUGGACGACGGUCAUGCAGGCGCUUGGUGCAUCGGAGCGGAUCUUUGCGCUCCUCGACCGCAAGCCGCUGCUGCCGCCAACGCAGCCGGGCGUCGGUGUUUCACUGCCAGAGCUUGCGGGCGCCAUCGAGCUCCGCGACGUGAGCUUUUCUUAUCCGACCCGGCCGGACACGGUUGUUCUCGACUCGGUCUCGCUCACCAUCCAGCCGGGCUUUGUCACCGCGCUUGUUGGCCCAUCGGGCUCGGGCAAGUCGACGAUCAUGGCCCUCAUUGAGCGGUUCUACUCGCCCUCCUCGGGCACCAUCAUCAUCGACGGCGUCCCGCUCGACGAGCUUGAUCUCGCCUGGCUCCGGGGGAACAUGGCCAUGGUCUCGCAAGAGCCGGUACUCUUUGCCACCUCGAUUGCCGAGAAUAUUGCGUACGCCAAGCCCGAGGCCUCGUUUGCGGAGAUUGUGGAAGCCGCCAAACGGGCCAACGCCCACGAGUUUAUCACCCGGUGUGAGGGUGGAUAUGAUGCGCUGGUCGGCGAGCGUGGUGUGCGGCUUUCCGGUGGCGAGAAGCAGCGCAUCGCCAUUGCCCGGGCGCUGCUGAUCAACCCAUCGAUCCUGCUCCUCGACGAGGCGACGUCGGCGCUCGACGCCGAGUCGGAGUUUCUUGUCCAGCAAGCCAUCGAUAACCUCAUGGAGGGUCGGACUGCACUCAUCAUCGCCCAUCGCCUCUCGACGGUUCGUCAGGCCCACUUGGUGGUGGUUGUCGAGGACGGGCGCAUCGCCGAGGCUGGAAGCCACGACGAACUCAUUGCGCGCGGCGGCACGUACUCGAAGCUUGUCGACCGCCAGUUGCAGGCGUGACGGAGGUUGGCGCCGGGAAUGCUCCGAACAACACCGAACAGUACCGAC